UAGAGAGGACUUUCCAGAUAGGAACAAUAUGACCGAGGUUUCCACUAACACUAUUGAUACGAAUGUAAUAAAGAAUUGCAGGGAUGCAGCAUAACCUUAAAGAAAACAGAAGAAUACUGUUGAUUAUCUUAUUAACUAUCCAGGAUAUACAUGGGCAGGAUCCCUGUUUGGGUGGAAACCACGGCACUCCAUCCUUCCUGGAGAAGCGAAGCCCUUCGUACGAGAUGGAUUCGUCGCCGAUCUGUGACCGGUACAUCCUCGAGGGCUGGUACGGGGCGAGGGGAUACAAUAUGUCUACCUCUCCUCCCUCUCUUACAUAUUGUGGUACACUGUAUCCAGUCUGGUCGAAUGAUCAGCCACCCAGUGAUGGGCAAACUGGAUUUGUAUCUGCCUGUCAGGUUGGAUUUAGCGCUAACUGUGACAAAAGUUACAACAUUGAAGUAAAGAACUGUGGAGAUUUCAUAGUGUAUAAAUUGAAGCCAGUGGAUUUAUGUGAUUCCGCAUAUUGUUUUGAAACACCAACAGUUAUAACAUCUUCGGUCGCAAUCACAACUUUUUAUGCAGCAGCAGACGAAACCUCACCGGACGUAACAUACAGUAUUCACAACACAGCUUCGACCAUUGUUUCUACCACGGAGCCAAUUAAAGAUGUAACAUUACAACCGACCUACUCCAUUUCUGAGUCAAGUAAAGAUGUAACAAAUCCACCAACUAACCCCUCUACUGAGUCAAGUAAAGAUGUAUCAUAUCCACCAACUAACCCCUCUACUGAGACAAGUAUAGAUGUAUCAAAUUCAUCGACUAACCCCUCUACUGAGUCAAGUAAAGAUGUAACAAAUCCACCAACUAACCCCUCUACUGAGUCAAGUAAAGAUGUAUCAAAUUCAUCGACUAACCCCUCUACUGAGUCAAGUAAAGAAGUCACAUUACAACCAGAUAACCCCUCUGCUGAGUCAAGUAAAGAUGUAACAUAUACACCAAGUAAACCUACUACGGAGCCAAGUAAAGCUGGAACUCCUGUCUUGUCCAGUGUACAGUGCAAAGGUGUCGAUCACAUUGAUGUAUUUAAUGAUCACUCUGGGGACAUGAAAUCAAAGAUGAGUAGGGCAUUAGACGGAAACAACAUGACCUGCUUUCAGCUACCCCUCCAGGAUGACCAAACCCCCUUCUUUCUGGUCAGGAUAUCCGUACCUGAAACCUUUGGGACUAAGGCUAUUCCGUAUGACAUUACCAUAGCAGGAAAUGGACUGUCGUGUAAUAGACACUCCAUCGCGAGGAUGAGUCAGGUCUCCUAUCGCGUUGUUGGACAACCAACGCAGUUUUGUUCGUUGCUCAGUGAUGUUAAAAUAUCAGGACUUUCUGUCUGCAAGCUCUAUUGCGCAUGUCCGAAUCCCGUUAGCUGUAGAGAUGUAACCAUCUACCUUGCAAGUGGAAAGAACCGGGAACCCUGGUCCUUAUGUGAAGUGUUUGUAUCUACCUAGUAUCCCGAGCCCGAUCUCCUACUGAACCGGGAACCCUGGUCC